AUGUCGCAUCAACAGCCAACUGGUACUGGUACUGAUCCAGUGGGCUAUGAGUUCCAAAGGCCGCGAUUUCAGAUUCGUGCUCCUCAACCUGGUGAAGGUCCAUCGGAAGUUAAGACUGAUACUCAAGAUGGUCAACAGGAAGCAAAACAAAAGUUCCAAGUAUAUGUCAACGCUCUGAAACGAGACCUGGAGGCCAUCGAGGAAAAACUACAGGACCUGCAACAAGCUAUUAAUGUAGAUGGAGGUGGAACCGUCCGCUUCGAAGGUCUUGAGGUGUCAUUAUCCGCCAUCUUUGUUGUUGAGUCCUCCAGCACGGCCGAGGAUGUCGUGAAGUACCAGGUGAAGUUCAAUAAUGGUGAGGACUACCCAGCUAAACCACCAUCAGUCGUCUGGCAGGACUGUCCGGUGGAACCCGAGCCCAAACUCGAGCAUAUUUCAUCAACAAAGCUGGGCGAUGUACUGACUGAAGUGAAAAAUGUGAUCGCGAGGGACCACGGAAAAGGCAAGAAGAAAUCCGAAAUGGCUUGA